CGGCUCGGGGAUGAAGGCGUUCAGCGCCUGGCGAGGCGGCGACGGAGGAGCCAAGGCAUCGAAUGACGCCGUAUCGGAGCUGCAGCAGGUGAUCUUGAAGAAGGAUCUGAUGAUUCUGAGUCUGCAGACGCAGCUGGACGCGUACAAGGCGCGGUAAGGCGCUCUGCCGGCCGAGGAUUUGGACAAAUUAUUGCAAUCCGACGCGAUUAACGAGCCCCAGGAGAAACGCAGCAGGGAUUUAAGCGCAGACAGGAAGGAAUUACCGCCAGAUAUUAACUCCACAGUAUCCGUGACUGAUGGGAGUGAUUCUAAGCCUAUUGAGGACAAGAAACAACCCACACCGCGUGUUGUGGUCACGUCGCCGCGUUUCCGAGCCUCCUCUGAUGCGGAUGAGGCUCGGGCGAAGAUCCAGAGUCGCUCCAGUAAGAACGUAGUCCUGGACUUUGUGGAGGACUCGCCCAUGUUCCGACGCCAGCUGGAGGGCUUCGAAGAAUCCAUUACUGGGCUCCGAGCACUUCUGAAGGAGCUCGUGGCGCACUCGAAAGAGUACGCAGCUGCAGGUAAACACUUUGGCCAGGAGGAGACAGCGCUGGCCGAUGAGCUGAUCCUACGCAAACACGCUCGAGCCAUUUUCUCAACCAGUUGUCCGGAAUUGGGCAGUUUGUCGGAAUUAUUUGGAGAGAUGCACGAUACAUUGGCACAAGUGCAGAGCUCCAGGGUGAGUAUGCUACUGGGUGUAGAGUCAUUAUUAAGCAGAUCAAUUCAGCAGUUCUCGGAGAAGGAGCUGCUGAAAGAGGCCGGAGAACUAAGGAAGGACGUGACGAGACUGGGAGAGGAGUACGAGACACUGCUGGGCAAACUACUGAGCAAAUCGAGACAGCCAGGACAACCUGCUAAUGGCACAGGUACACCUACUGGCGUAGGGGAUUCAAUAGGGACUCUGGGUCUUGGUAGUCCAGCAUUACCAAUGGGGAGCUAUAAUGGAGAGUUCACUAUCACCGGAACACCGCCAGCCUCUGCAGCUUCGAGUGGCAGCAAUAAUAACACUCUUGGAUCGGAUUCUGGAUCAACAAAUGGCAGUGAUAAACACCAACGAGCACUGGAGAGAGAUGUAGUGGUGGCACAUCGACGCUUUGAGCUCGCUCGCUUUGACCUCGUUCGGUACAUGAACCGGAUCGACUGCAUGAAAAAGUUCGUCUUGGUGGAGUGUUUCAAUUCGAUUUUGUACGCGCAAUUAGGUCACUUCCAUGCGUGCCACGAACUCGUGAAGUCUGUAGAGCCCAGUCUUCGUAAACGUCAAGAAAUGAUGCAGGUUUCCCGCAAGGAUUUCGAGCAGGAUGAGCUCAUGUGGGCCUCGCAGCGAGAGCUACUGGACAAGCGUUUAUCGCAAGAUGUCGAGGCCGUGAGCUCCAGUUAUCCGUCAAGUGAAUCGUCACCUGUGGCAGCAGGUUCGUUGAGUGUGGACACGACCAUUGCAAGCGAAUCGUUCCCCUCUCUCGACUUGCCUGUUGAGGUUAUCUCGAUCGAUACAUUGAGUAGUCGACAGACCGUGGCAAGUACUCCUGGGGGCGUCGCAAAGCAGGGUUAUCUAUUCGUUCGGAACUCGAUGUUCCCAGCUAGAAGCUGGAAGCGCCGUUGGUUCCAGAUCCACGCAGGCAAGCUCUUCCAGACCACGUCACGUGGUGGUACUGGGAAGCAUCCGACGGAGAGUAGUCUGACGCUGGUGUGCGACCUGUUGCUUGCCCGAGUUCGUGAACUGGAAGGUUCGAGUCUCCCGUUCUGCUUUGAAGUUAUCGACGCCAACCGCGCAAAGCUGUUACUACAGGCGGCAAGUGCUCGCGACAUGAUGGAGUGGAUCGAGGCUUCACGACGUAGUACUGAGAGCGCGCUGGAGAAGCAAAGUCACCGACAAGAAGUGCAUCCAGAGCAGCAAUCGGUCAUUGAUGAACUUACAGAAGCCAACCCUUGUUGCGCCGACUGUGGACAGGAACCGGCUGAGUGGGUGUCGAUCAAUAUUGGCUGUUUAUUGUGCAUUGAGUGCUCAGGUAUACACCGAAGUCUCGGUGUUCACGAGUCAAAGGUGCGAUCACUGGCCUUGGACUCGUGGGAUAUGUCUCUCCUCACUCUACUGCGCGACAAGCUGGGUAAUGACACUGUAAACGUCGUCUGGGAGCACACAAUACCUGACGGCUGGACCAAACCAACACCAACAACGUCACGAGAUGAGAAAGCUCGGUUUAUCAAGGCCAAGUAUCAUUUCCAUGGCUUUGCCGAGCCAGACCCGACUCUGAGUGCACUAGAGGAUGACGAUAGUAUACUAAAGCAAGAAUUAGCCAAGCGGUUCAUCGCUGGAGCUUCACGUGGAGAUCUGAAUGAGUUGAUGUGGUGUCUGGCUCAUGGAGUGGACGUCAACGUACGCGCUGGAGAGCAGAACGAAACAGCGCUACAUGUGAGCGCUGCAGCCGGAGCUGCAACCUGCUGUGACUACCUUGUUGUUAAUGGCGCGAGCCUAACGUUAACCGAUAAACGUGGCCGGUUGCCUUACGACGCGGCCAAAGCUGGAGGAUUCGAGGACAUCAAACUCACUUUAAUGCAGAAAAUGAGCCUCGAACAAUACCAGUCCUAGAGGAGAGGUGAAAACUUAUAACAUUGUAUGUUUCGCUAUUAAGGGCGUUUGAUUGAAUAUUUUAUGCUAACCAUC